AUGAAGAGAGGACUCGCACUGCGCUGUUUCUCCCGGGAAGAGAUAGCCUUUACCUGUGCCAGAAAGCUUCGAAGGGUCUUCACGGGAUGGGUGCAGCGGUCUUUCCAGAGCACCCAGGCAGCUGCGGCCUCCCGGAACACCUGUGCUGCCGACGAGAGCAAGGCCGCCCGCCCCGCGCCCGAGGACUGCCCCGUGUGCUCGCACAAUGAGUGGGACCCGCUGGAGGAGGUCAUCGUGGGAAGAGCUGAAAAUGCUUGCGUCCCACCUUUCUCUGUGGAGGUGAAGGCCAACACAUAUGAAAAAUAUUGGGGGUUUUAUCAGAAAUUUGGAGGCCAGAGCUUCCCCAAAGACCAUUUAAAAAAAGCUAUUGAUGAAAUUGAAGAGAUGUGCAAUAUUUUAAAAAGAGAAGGUGUAGUUGUCAAGAGGCCUGAUCCGCUUGACUGGUCUGUGAAGUAUAAAACACCUGAUUUUGAGUCUACAGGUAUGUACGCUGCCAUGCCAAGAGACAUCCUGUUGGUGGUGGGAAAUGAAAUUAUUGAAGCGCCUAUGGCUUGGCGUGCUCGGUUCUUUGAGUACAGAGCUUAUAGACGAAUAAUCAAAGAUUAUUUUAAUGGUGGUGCUAAGUGGACAACUGCCCCCAAACCCACAAUGGCAGAUGAACUCUAUGAUCAGGAUUAUCCAAUCCGCUCUGUUGAAGACAGGCAUAAACUGGCUGCUCAGGGAAAAUUUGUAACUACUGAAUUUGAGCCAUGCUUUGAUGCUGCUGACUUCAUCAGAGCUGGAAGAGAUAUCUUUGUACAAAGGAGCCAGGUGACAAACUACAUGGGCAUUGAAUGGAUGAGGCGCCAUCUUGCACCAGACUACAGAGUGCAUGUAAUAUCCUUUAAGGAUCCUAACCCUAUGCACAUUGAUGCCACUUUUAAUAUCAUUGGACCAGGUCUUGUGCUCUCUAACCCAGACCGUCCCUGCCAUCAGAUUGAGCUUUUCAAGAAAGCAGGCUGGACCGUCAUUCGCCCCCCAGUGCCACUCAUCCCAGAUGAUCACCCACUGUGGAUGUCUUCUAAAUGGCUCUCCAUGAAUGUCCUGAUGCUGGAUGAGAAACGUGUGAUGGUAGAUGCCAAUGAGACAUCAAUUCAGAAGAUGUUUGAAAAUCUGGGCAUUUCUACAAUUAAAGUGAAUAUUCGCCAUGCCAAUUCACUGGGAGGUGGUUUCCAUUGCUGGACAUGUGAUAUCCGCCGCCGUGGUACCCUGCAAUCUUAUUUUGACUAGUUAUGAGCCAGAUGGGCAGCAAUGGUUCACCUUCUAAAAUAAGCAUAGGAAAUUAACAAAUUCACUUUUUUUGAAACAACUGCAUGAGCUCUAGUGCUUGAUUGGUGGUGUCCUUACAGUGGUCUGGUAAAUGAUUUAUUCUUACAUACUUGUCACUGUCAGCAGUAUAAUUGAAACUACUUCCAUCAGCAGUACAGGUUUUCUGGCUGGCUUUUUGAAAGACAUCCUUCAUCUAUGAAACCUUUUCAGGUUGGCUUUGAAUGUAAAAACUUGACAAGAUAGCUAAAGGGUCUUGCUACAAUAGCUUGGCCACUAACAUUGGACAUCUACCUCUGUCUAGUUACUCUAUCAAAUAGGCAGCUUGAAAUUUUAAACUUGAAUAAACUUUCCUUAUUCUUUUUAAUCAGUGUAUUGUUCUAAGAUAUUUGUGUUUAAUGAAGUUGAAAUAGAGGCAACUGUACGGAUCUCUUAUGGAACCAAGUAAUUUUAUAAUGUCUUUCAUGUUCAGCCAUACAGAUACAUAGAAUUUCCAGUAUGAUCUAACUUUUAAAACUUGUUCACUUACUUGCUGUACCCUUCUACAUUUUCUUAUCCAUUUGUCAUGCAGCUGAGUACUUUUAUACAUUGCUUUUUGUAUUGCUGAAAUUGGUUUUUAUUUAACUUUUAAGUGUAUAAAUGAUAGCUAAUAUUCUGCUUGUACAGGUUUCACUCCGAAUUGUUUACAUAACUUAAAAAAAAAAAAGCACAGAACAAAAAACA